AUGCCGGGUCUCGCAGCUGCUGCGAACUUCUUACCCCAAGAGCGCGAGCUAGAGAAUGGAGAAGCCAGCGAGCGACAGCGCAAUAUGGGUGUGCAAAGCGACUCGAGUGGGGACGGUGCAGGCGCCUGGCCACAGGCCCUCAGUACGCAGGUCACAGGCUUUGCGGUGGCCAGCUCCAAGCGGAAUGAAGAUUUUCACGCGUUUUUCCCGUCCAUACCGGAAGAUGACUACCUCAUCGAGAGCUACGCGUGUGCUGUUUCGCGCGAUCUGCUAAUUCAAGGCCGGCUGUACGUGUCAGAGGCGCACCUCGCGUUCCACUCCAACAUACUUGGAUGGGUGACCUCGAUUGUCGUGCCGUUUUCCGACGUGGUCUCGAUUGAGAAGCGAAACACGGCGUAUCUGAUACCCAACGCCAUCAUCGUCAAGACCCUGCAAAAUCGCUACACUUUUAGCUCGCUUGUGUCGCGUGACCUCACGUACGGUAUGCUGGUGAAUAUCUGGCGCCUCUCUGCACCGAGUGCGGCCGCGCAGCAGAUGGCUGACACAGAAAUGACUGAUGAGAGCGAUGUCGAAGUACCUCCGGACUCAAUCGACCAGACGAAAGAGGAGACGGGGGACACGUCCAUACCGGGAAAAUCGAUCGACGAAGGGGCAAGCUCUCAGAUGUCGUCGCGGUCCAAGCUUACCAAGCGUGAAAAGCUGCGACACAAGCUGCAUGCGGCCCGCUUGAAUGCAAAGAAGAAGGGGCAUCAAGAGCCCGAGGAUGAUGCGGACAACGAGUCCGAAGAUUCGGACGACGGGCUGGACCACGACGAUGGGAAAGAGCAUGUCGUGACGUCGUGUGACUGUGAAGAGAAAGGCGGGCACCUGAAGGAAGUGGUUAUGGAUGAUAUAUUUGAUGCUACGCCGCAUCAGCUCUUUGAUUUGAUGUUUGUGAGUGACUUUAUGGAGCGAUUCUUCAAGGAUAACCAGCACCUCGGGGAGGUUAGUGUCGGCGAGUGGAACAGCGAAGACAAGACGAAAGAAGAGGCGAAGGCUGCGCGUAAGGUCACAUAUGUAAAGCCGCUCAAUGGCCCUAUUGGCCCAAAGCAGACACGCUGUCAGAUCACGGACGAGCAGUUGCACAUUGACUUUGACAAGUUCUGCACGACGCAAACGACGACGCGCACGCCCGAUGUACCAAGUGGUAACAACUUUGCGGUGCUUACUCGCAUGUGCUUCACAUGGGCCGAAAACCGGCGGGUACGGCUCUAUGUGACUUGUACUGUCGAAUGGAGCGGGCGCAGUAUGAUCAAGAGUAUUGUCGACAAGGCAUCAAUUGAUGGCCAACGGGAUUAUUUCCGCGAUCUCGGGCAGAUGAUGCGCGAACAUAUUAGCGAGCACCCCGAGGUGUAUGGUGUCCCCAAGUCAACCCAGUCUAAGAGGACCAAGCAGGUCGCCGAGCAGGACGCUGCAAACACCACUCUGUGGCGGCCACUCGAGGCGAUCUCCCAUGCACUCGACAUGCGACCCUCUGGCUUGGUCCUCGCUUUUCUCAUUGUCAUCUUACUCAUCCUCAAUAUUUGGGUAUCCUGGUACGGCUCACCCGUGCGAGCGCGCGAUCCCACAAAUCCGCACCGUCUUCUCACGCGCGACAGUUACUCAUCGCGCCCCUUGAAGAUCCGGCAUGUCGAUGUAGUGCUGGACGAGGAAGUGCAGUCUGUUCUCGAUGCACUUGCCGCCUCGCGGCGCAUGACCGAGUCGCUCGAGGAGGAUAUACGCCAGUUGCAAAGCUUUAUUCAAAAGCAGACAAACGACAAGCAGGCGUCCCUACCGUAG